GUCUAUUUUGCAAAAGCGUCAAGGUAAUGAAGAGAAAUGGCAACUUUAAAAGUGUCAAAUUCAUGUGCCUAAAUAGCAAUGGAACUGAGAUAUAUCAACAAUUGACAAAUAGCCUUCUCCAACGUUACCCGUAACUGAUAUAGAUAACUCCGACAACUCCAACCUUCAACAGCCAACCUCUAUACCAACAGCAGAAUCAUCAUCAUCAACAUGUCGUGUUUCAGAGUACCCAUUCAUUGGAGAGACUGGUGAGGUGGAACACAGGGCUUCUCCUUCCUAUCGCGCACUCGAGGGCAUCAAUGGACACAAGAAAAAACGACAGGCUGAAAGACGGAGAUUUAUCACUUUCGUUGUUUUCAAAAUCAUCAACGCCGCCGAAGACGUUCUACCUCGAUCCAGCCACCUUCGCACCUAUGGCAUACUCCAUUGGGGUAGACAACAUAGGCCAGGCUUUCCACAAGCUCCAGCUGUAUGGAGUGGGACUAGCCAACGACGAAACAGUAAAGGCAACUAUGGCAAACUUCCAGUGUUUUUUAGCAAUAAAUUACAUUUGGGAUACUUCGGCCGAAGUAGGUAUACCGCAGACGACAAUCAUCACGAUCCGAUCUCUCUUCAAUCAGCCCAGGUUCAACUUUUCCCCAUCAAACAACCUCUUGCUCUGCUCCCUUGAGUCAGAACUCUCAGCAGGGAAAAUCGAACAAGAAGCAUCGAAGGACGACGUGGUUGCAGUGGACGUAAUCGACAUAUUUCGAUCAAUGAAAAAUGAUCUCCCUCAAACAUAUUAUCCAUUCAGCGCUGAUGAGGGAGAGGAUAGCUUUGUACACAAAGCACUGCACGCAAUGAUCUCUACGGUAUUCAGCGACUUUAAGAAGAAAUGGGCAAACAAAUCUGCCGAGGGAUCCAAAGAGAGGCGCAAGGAGGAUGACAGAGAAGGUCUUCGCCCCGAUCUGCAGAUCACUAUCAACAACCAGAUCGUUUUGUUCAUGGAAGUAAAACCACCGUCGUGCGCUACCGAGCUGAAGUAUUUAGCUGAUCGAUGGAAGCUGGCAAAUUUAGCGAAAGACGAGCUAGAUGCCAGCCUGCGCAAGCACAUAAGACUUCCAUUCGUCACCACAAUCCAAGUUUUUGGCCACAGGAUGGAGAUCCACACUGUCAGUCUUCAGAAUGGACUUUAUCAUUUCCACCAACAAUUCCAAAUGUAUGUUCCGCGUGCCCGCGAUGACGCUGGACCUGUUCGGGCCUGUCUUCAAGCUCUAUACAGUGUCAAGAGCUGGCUCCAAGAUCUGCGCCUCCCACCAACCUUUGAACUUGUACAGUCGCGUCCUCGCCCAGCUGAACUCGAUGAUAUCAAAAAGAGUAAAAUUACACCGACUAAGCGUAUAAUGUUUUAACCCCCAUCUUGGCGUCAACAUUAUUUGAAGAAACAAGUAAAAACCAUAGCCGCUCUUUAUUUUUUGCCACAUUCAAUUGCUCCGGCCAUCAUGUUGGUAUUAGGGCGGCACCCUGGAACUAAAUUUGCUCUACAGGUCUGGGAAAAAAAAACCCCAAAUUCAUCCGUUGGCUGUGUUUCAGAAUUUUUUCACUUUGGAGGAAUGUUGCUGCAUUUAAAGCUUAUUCACGCUUAUCUAUUUUCUACAAUAAAUACCUUCUCGCAUA